CCACCCCUCAUACCCGUCUCUCCGAUCGGGGUUAAUCCCACCUCCCUCCUGCUCGCACCACAGAAACAAAUGCUCCAUUCUAGCAUGAACCUUCAGUAAAAUCCGUGUUUCCGUAAUGCAGGGCAGCUUCUAGCGACACAGCAGAGAGCCCUCCAUCAGAAGCAGGUGUGAUCCUUUGUGGUGAAGAUGGGAUGACAGGAGGAGAUGAGACGGUGGAACACGGAGGGACCCAGACUGGUUUGUUAGAGACAUGAGGGAACUGUUGAGCGAUGACAUCGAUUUUUCACUUUCCUCUGGAGGGGCAAAGGAUGGAGAAAAAUAAAACCCGACGUGCGCAUCACUGCUGCGCGAACAGGAGGCGAUUUGCUGAAGCAUUAUAGUGGCGGAUGCCUCCGGGUCGUGAUGAUGGAAGUGAAAUCAGAUUGCUUUGGUUGUCGUGCGUUUAACAGGCUCGAUUAUGCGCCAGCCGCUGCAGUGACUGAAGCCUUUUUAUUUCACCUGCUCGACGCCAGUUCAUGCUGAAAUACGAUGACUGCAUUGAUGAGCUGUAGCUGGCACUGAGAGGACCCCGUGUUACUGUGUUUGUCUGCAGCACCACGGACAGCGACAAUGACGCGGCUCCGCAGGAAAGCUCUGGUGGCACUCUUCCUCUUCACGCUCUUCAUUUUCGGGGCCAUGAUGGGGCUCAGGACGCUCAAGCCCAGCGAUGGCUUCUCGGAUCUGGCCCCUGGCAUGGACUUCAUCGGGGACAGAUCCGACAGGAGGCGGCUGGAUGUCAAAGACGUGGUGGUGUCGCCGGGCCAGUUCCACAUGGGCAGCAGUGACACCAAGGUGGUUUUCACAAAAUCGGACCGAGACUACAGCAUAUUUUAUGAUGUGCACAUCUUCUACUACCUGUGGUACGGCUCUCCCAGCAUGGACAACAAGUACAUCCACUGGGAUCAUGUGCUGGUGCCACACUGGGACCCAAAGAUCGCAGCCAGUCAUGCCCAAGGAAGGCACACACCUCCAGAUGAUAUUGCCUCAAGUUUUUACCCUGAUCUGGGACCCUACAGCUCCAGGGACCCGACGGUGCUGGAGUCACACAUGGCCCAGAUAGAGGCGGCUGCAGCAGGGGUGCUGGUGUUGUCCUGGUAUCCUCCCGGGGUGGCGGACGACCACGGGGAGCCCACCGAGGACCUGGUUCCCGCUGUCAUGGACGCCGCCCACAGGCACAGCAUCAAGGUGGCCUUUCACAUACAGCCAUACAAGGGACGGACGGACCAGAGCAUGCAUGACAACAUCAAAUACAUCAUUGACAAGUAUGGAAAGCAUGGCGCCUUCUACAGAUUCAGGUCCAGCACAGGGCAAGUCCUGCCUCUGUUUUAUGUCUAUGACUCCUACCUGAUACCACCAGAGUCCUGGGCGGAGCUUCUGACAGCUAAAGGUUCCCACAGCAUCAGAGGCACGCCUUACGACGGCGUCUUCGUCGCCCUCAUUGUGGAAGAGCGCCACAAACAUGACAUCCUAGCUAGCGGCUUUGAUGGCAUAUACACCUACUUUGCCUCCAACGGCUUCUCCUUUGGCUCCUCCCACCAGAACUGGAAAGCCAUCAAGGCCUUCUGUGAUGCAAGCAACCUGCUGUUUAUUCCCAGUGUUGGGCCGGGGUAUGUGGACACAGCUGUGCGGCCAUGGAACAACCAUAACACCAGGAACAGGGUUAACGGACGUUACUACGACACAUCUUUGCAGGCGGCUUUGUCUGUCAGACCAGAAAUCGUCACCAUUACUUCUUUUAACCAAUGGCACGAAGGCACGCAGAUAGAGAGGGCUGUACCUAAGAAAACAGUGACCCGUUUGUACCUUGACUACCAACCCAACAAGCCAGAGCACUACUUGGAGCUUACGCGCCAGUGGGCUGAGAACUUUAACAAGGAGAAGGACAAGUGGCUGAUGUGAACGUGGCUUUGUUUCCCUGGUAGAUGCCCUGAGCAUGACCAGACAUCCCAUUGUUAAAGACAGUCCCUUUAUGUUCAUCCACCUUCCUGUUUUUCUGAUGAGAUUUUCUCUAAAUGUUCGUUCGAUCCUUACUGUUUUUAAUCACUAACAUUUUUUGUACAGGUUAAUAAUGUCACUGAUAUGUUGAAGCUACAAGAACACAAUGAUGGACAGAUCAUUUCCUGAUAACGGCUCUGUUCGGUGUCUGUUUGCGAUAUGAAGAAAGUGCGUCUAUGUACAGUAACUCUGCUCUGUAGGGUCCUUUUCUUAUUUUCUUAUGAUCAAAGGCUGUUCUUUCCUGUAUUUCUUUGGAGACAAAUUAAAACUUGUGUUUACUGUUGGUGAAUCAGUGUUGUCACCGCCCAAGAAAAUGAACAUCCAAGAAUGGGUUAGAAGCGAUCAAAGAAGUCUGCACCGUUGCAGGAAUGUGGUAUUCCAGUCAAUGACAGACAGAGUCUAGUUUCGAAGUGGCAUUUGUUUGUAAAUGGCAAAAUAAUUAGUGUGUGCAGAAUACAAAAGAUGAGGCAGAAGUAGAAGCUGCUGAAAGCUACUCCAGCUGGUCUAAAUGAUUGGUGUGCUGAGGUUCUGAAUCACAGCUCCUUUGUCACAUUGUCACAUUUCAGUCCACAUGGUGCAAUUAAAAACCAUUCAGGAUUUAAAAAGCGACACAGACUCUCAAGUACGUUAUUGAACAGUCAUUUGUACAAGGCAGAAGAAUUCAGCAGCAGAGUAAAUCAAACUCUACUUUAAAGGAUAAUUCUGCUGUAUUACAGCUUGGGUCUUGUUUUAUAGUUUUAGCAAUCAUUGCUUUUAAGUUCUCUAAUGUUGCUCUCACAGAAGCUGAGGUCUGGGAACACAGUGUAGUUGCUACAACUAAAGCCCCGUUUCCACCGAGCAAUACGAUUCAGUUCAGUUUGGUACACUGUUUUCCUGUUUACACUGUGAAAAGUUGUGGAUGGUACCAAUGGAACCCAUCACUUUAGUUUUUAUAUGACAUACACUUUUAGUAAUGAGUGGAUCUUUAGGCAUUUAUAUAUAUUAAUUUCAGCCAGGUUACGUGAACUGCAUAUAUUCUAAUCCUCACUCGGAGAAAAAAAAACGUCGCUCCUGUGGGCUCCAGCAACACUAAACCCCUGAGCUUGCCUGAGAAGGACUAAAUGCACAAACCUGCUAUCUUUAAAUAUCCCAUGGAGAGAGACUCUCACUGCAGCCUGUUCUAUUUUGUUCUGAAAAUGUCGGCGUGCAGCCUCGUUCUGUGGACGAUAAACCAGGUGCAGACUUCCAUCUGUGUCACCGCUGAUGAGGAAAUACAGCGAGUGCUGGACGGAGCAGUGAGUGACAACAACCCCGCCCACAUUUAAGGGUACUGUUUGCAGCACUAGGGUCUAAGUACCAUGUCUGAAGGUGUACUGUUGGUCCCAGAGGUACCAUACUGAAAGUGUUUGGUGGAAAUGGGGCUUCACAUUGCACUCACAGAAGCUGAGGUCUGGGAACACAUUGGCAUUGCCAGUGUUGGCAUGCGACUCCGACAUUGAAGGCAUCCUUUGGCAUUUUUAUGAGACGCAUCAGGGUUUCAACUGCCGCCAGUGUAAGCCCUUCUGCAGCAACAUUUGACAGGCGAAAGCGCAAU